UCUCUUUAUAUUUAUCUCAUACCCAGCUUCUGUAUAUUACUAGCCUUUACUAUCUUUAUCCCUCUGUAUAGCUUUCUAUAGCCUUUCUAACCCAACUUUAUUCUUGUACAUAGCUAUCUACCUACGUCUGUACCACGGCUUUGUCCUUCUACAUAGUUAUCUACCUACGCCUCUACCACGGCUUUGUCCUUCUACAUAGCUAUCUACCUAUAGCUAACCCUACGUUUGUACCACGGCUUUGUCCUUCUACAUAGCUAUCUACCUACGCCUCUACCACGGCUUUGUCCUUCUACAUAGCUAUCUACCUACGCCUCUACCACGGCUUUGUCCUUCUACAUAGCUAUCUACCUACGCCUCUACCACGGCUUUGUCUUUAUACAUAGCGAUCUACCUAUGCCUGUACCUUGGCUUUGUCCUUCUACAUAGCUAUCUACCUACGCCUGUACCACAGCUUUGUCCUUCUACAUAGCUAUCUAACCACCCCAACAUUUCACCUCAACUUACUUAUUUUAACCACAGCUUUAUUUUUUUCUUUAUUAAUCUGUGACCUCUUCUCAGCUUUGUGAUUCUAUACAGAUUGUUUCUUCAGUCUGUCACUCAGUUGUAACCCCCAUCCAGAUAUCUGACUACUUUUUUGCCCUAGGUUUGAUCCCCUUUUAAAGGUCUUCCUGCUCCUUUUUACCUACAAUCCCUCUGUCAAGCUCUUAACCUCUUACUGGUACACAAGUUCUAUUUCUUUCAAGCCAACACAACUCAAACUUUAAUACCAUUAUUUCCCUUACACCACUUUCUUCCUUAUUUCUUGUUAUAUGAGUAUUUGCCUCCCGAUACCUUAGUCUUUUCAACUUCAAUGUCCCUGCGUGAAUCUCCUUUUCAUUACACUUUUUUGGAAGCUCUCUUUUCCCUGAGCUCUCUUCUUCUUUUUCCUUCUUACUGGUUUGUAGAUCGUCUUCUAAGCUGUGUGGUUCACACAAGUGUGGAGCACUCACAGGGUCCUGCUGUGCGGAUUCUCAUGUUUUUGGCUGCCCCAGUAUUGCUAUUGCUAUUUCUGCUAUCUCUCCCCCUGGCUAUCCUUGGACUAUUGCUGUGGUCACCUCUACAAAAAGCUCGUCGUCCUUUCUGCUAUCAGCAACAUACAAGACUGCCCUUCUCCCGAAUGGUGAAGCAGGAUGACUACUCCUUUGUCUUCAUAAGUGCCAACCUAUGUUUGCUUCCAGAAGGGUUGGCGCGAUUCAGUAACCUUCGACAUACACAGAGUCGCACUGCCAAAAUUGGCCACCUCUUACAAUCCUCUUCUCUGUCACACCAUGAUCAGGAAAAUGGCCAAGUGAUCUCUACCUCAUUCUGUAGUUCUGAAGAUGUUCUGCCUAUAGUGGAUAUGACAGAUGUUAAGAAAUUCCCUGGAAAAAUCUCCCCUGAGUUUCCCAUAGAUGCAGAUUUUAUCUGUCUUCAGGAAGUGUUUGAUGGCCGGGCAUCGCGCAAACUGCGCUGUUCCUUGGCUCCCUCUUUCCCUCAUAUACUGUAUGACAUUGGCCACCGUGGGCCCCUUGGCUGUGGCUUUAAGUUUUUCAGUAGUGGUCUGUUCUUGGCAAGUCGUUACCCGCCACUCAAUGCACAAUACUACUACUACCCAAAUGCAAGAGGAGAAGAUGCUUUGGCUGCCAAAGGACUAUUCUGUGUUAAGGUUCAAAUUGGGGUCACCGAGGAGAAUCAAAAGAUUGUGGGAUACAUUAACUCUACUCACUUACAUGCUCCAGAAGAUGAUGGCCCUGUACGAUGUGACCAGAUGUCGCUGCUUCUUCAGUGGGUGACUGACUUUCAGGCAAAAAACUGUGAAGAAAGUGACAUUGUUGCUUUUGAUGUUCUAUGUGGAGACUUAAACUUUGACAACUGUUCACCUGAUGACUGUUUGGAACAGAAACACAAUUUAUUUUCAAUCUACAAAGACCCGUGCAGAGACAGUGCGGGACAUGAUGUUCUGGGUACAGUAGGUACUCUCCUCAGACAGGAGCUCCUAUAUGAUGAAGCCGUAAGAACUCCAGAGAAUCUGAAAAGGACUUUGCAGUCAGACACGGAGAGAAGGCUCUAUAUUGCUCCACCCCUCCCAGUGGACACAGACUGCCAAAACUGGACAGGACGCCGGAUCGAUUACAUCCUCUACCAAGAGAUUAAUCCCCAGAUACCGGCAGUUGUGGAUGAGUUCCUUUUCAUCACACAGCUGGCUGGUCUAUCUGAUCAUAUCCCUGUAUCAAUGCGUCUCAAGAUUUCUUUACCUCAGUCUACUUACUUGUGACCCUGAAGACACGCCAAUAUUGAAGACAAGUUUUCUAAAUCUGGGUAUCUCUUGUUUACAGCUGUUGAGAUACAUUUAUCCAGCUUGGAUUAAAUGGACAAAUUCUGUGAUAUGCUAUGCUGUCCACAAGGUUGAUGUGAUAACUAUUUAAACUUUUUAAGACAAUUGUUACCAUGGUUUGAGUGAUGACUUUAGGGUUUUUCUCAAAUAUGUUUAUUGUGUGGUGGGAUGUUCAGGGUCACUAGAUUAGGGAUUAGCAAAUCCUGUCUUUCAUUUGGGGGUGGGUUAAUGUUGCUGCUCACUUCCUCAGUAUUCAGGCCAGAUCUUACAAACAGAAUAAAGGGCUGAAACGUGGGUUAAAGGCAGGUGCAGUAGGGAAACGAGAGGUUAAAACAUUUAGGCUGCGUAGGGACUCAUUGAUAACAGGUGGUGUCGAGCAUUGCCGGGCAGUAGUAAUAAUAUUAAGAACCAUUUAGAUGACUGACUGGCUGAAUUUGGUUCAUGGUUGUCUGGAGCAAUAUCACAUGCAUGGAGUAUCUCAAUAGUGGGGUAAACACCAUGCUGAGGGCACUUGUACUAGUACAACAAUAAAAUGCUUCCUUCCAUCCAUAUCAGAUACAGUUGUGCUUAUAUAGAUCGGUUUGGGCUAAAUUGCUUUUCUUUGCUAUUCAUUAUAAGGGUUAUAUACCUUAUGUUACAUCCUGCUUGAAAUCUUUUUUUUUUCCCCCACAGCAAAUGUUAUUGAAAAAUAAAUAUAAUUGUACCCUGUGUAGAAAUUAAAUAAAGAUAUAUUAAGAACAAAAAA